GAAGUACUUGUGAGGGGCAGGCGGACCUUUGGGAAGACAAGACAAGAUAAGACGAGGACAACAACUCGCGCUGACAACGGUGGUGUGUAGUAGCAUCACCACCAUGCACUGCAUUUCCAUGCUCAGUGGGUACAAGUUUUGUCAAAAAUCAUUGUGUAUGUCGCUCAGAAUUGACGCAGCGUGUCAGCAGACGCCCUGGCCAGAGCACCGCAUCGUCUGAGUCCCUACAUCAACAGAAAAACUGUGAACCUUACUAUAUAUAAAACCGGGCUCGAAGACGAGAUGCUCAUUCGGUGUCAUACACUCCGCAGUCUGGCUCCGUGUUGAUAAUCACUCAGCCGCAAGCUUCUGGACUGAGCACAGAUACAGUUUUAGGGCCUCUUCUGUUGAUGGCGCUCGGCUAAAGGACCAUAACCUUCGGCCAUCUUGACACGCUACUGUUUGUGCGCCAGAGUGCAUAUGAGGCACGGUUUGACCUAAGCUCACAACAUGUACAGCUAAUGCUGCUCCGGAGCGGCGGAGUAGGAAAUCAAGCGCAGGGAUGAAGCCGUGAACGACGUUCUGCCUUUCGCUUGCGCUUUCCAGCGCGCUGCAACGCUGGCAUGCAAGAACGACCUACUGUGAUGUUGGGCAGAGCGCCUAACUCAGAAGGCAACUUCGUACCACAGCUGGCGUCGCCAAACUCAUUUUCUGCAACGUCGCUCAACCAGGGUCGCAGCACGUCGGGUCUCGAGCCGGCUCCUUUGUCGCUGGAUGCACCAGGGGCAGGUGGCGUGGGCUCCGUAGCUCGGUUCCAGCGGCACAGCUCGGGGCUGCUGAGCAGUGCUGGGUCUGGCGGCCUCGGCGGCACGGCUGGCAAACGCAAGCUUCAAGCUUCACCCGCGCCCGGCGCUUCGCCUUCAGCAGCGUACGAUGGCAGCCUGCAUGGCGGCAGCUUGCCGCACCUGGGAUCAGCAGGCUUUGGCUUGGGGCCAGGGCGGAUUCCUAUCAGCGCGGACACAACGCUGACAAUGAGCGCGCGCGCGGCCUCUGCCCAGCAGCUCCCCUACGUGGAGCCGCCGCUGUCGCUGGACCCGCAACAGCCGCUGUACGAGCUGCGGGAUGGAGGGCACCAGGACCACCACCAGCACCUUCAGCUGGCCCGGCGCAGUGGCAGCGGCAGCAUACAGCAGCUGAGCCUCAUGCAGCCAUACCAGCACCAGCAACCGAAGCAGCUGCUACAACAACAACAGCAGCAGUUUACGCCGCAGCACCAGCACCAGCAGGGCUAUGCCGGCGGCGCGGAGCGACCAGUAUCCAUGACGUCCCUCCCGUGGCCUGCUGACAACGUCGGUCUCGCGGGUCCGGGCGGCGGCUUGGGUGCAGGAGGUAUGCAGGGUGCGCUCUCUCGCCUGCCGCCUUCGCAGCAGCUGCAACACCAGCAGGUGGGCCCUGGCGGCUUCGAGCUAGAGGCGCACUUCAGCGGCCUCUCGACGCUCGACGCGCCCGGGGCUAGGCAUGGCCAGGCCUUGCCCGGUCACUUGGGGCAGUCGCUGCAGCAGCAGUUCCAGGGGCCAGCCGGCAGCGCACUCCAGCGCCUGUCGUUGCCUGGGCAGCGUGAGGGCCAGCACGCAUCGCAGAAUGCGCAGGCUACGAAUGCGCACAUGGUGCAGGCCGCUGCAGCUUCUGCAUCUGGCAACAGCGCCGGGCGCGGCAGGGUCGGCUCCUGGCAUAACCUGCCAAGCCCACUUCACCAGCAAUAUCAGCAGCAGCCAUCCAGUCGCCCGGCGUCGAUGCAGCAAAUGCAUGGUGUCAGUCUAGAUGCUGCUGCUAGGCCGCUACAGCUGCCAAGCCCAGGCCAGACAGCCUCCUUCGGCUCCGGCAACAACGGCGGGGGCGGGCCGGCGGCCGCGGCUCGCAUGCUGCAAACAUACCAAGCAGCAAGCGGCAGCACCGGAGCAGGCGGCGCAGCUGGAGGCGGCGGUGGCGGCACCGUCCAUGAAGACAUGCGCAUAGCGUCCAGCAGUACUCGGUCGCUGUUUAAGGUGUGUGAGACUCGCGCCUAUCAUGACGAGAUAGACCUGCUGCUAGGAGAUCUCGACGAUCAGGCCACUGCGGUGACGGCCGCCGCGGCCGCGGCGGCGGCCAGCAACGGCGGCGGAGCCAGGUGGGCCGGCGGCAGCGGGAGCAUUGCAGGCGGUGGUGGCGGUGGCGUCAGGGCCUCCUCGGCCGCAGGGUUCGGAGGUGGCUCGCUUGACCCGGCUGGCGGCAUGUCGGGGCUGGGUUUCGAGGCUGUGCCUGGAGCUUACUCGGAGCUUGACCCGCCUCUGAUGGGCGGCCCGUCUAAGAUGUCGAGACGUGAGUCGGACAACGGCAUGCGGCGCUACUACUCCUCGCCGCUGCCUGUGCUGGAUCCAGCACUUGCCGCCGGUCGCGGCAGCAACAGCGGCGCCGUUGCGGGCGGCGGUGGCGUUAACGGCGCCCCCACGGCGUCAGCCGGGCGAAUGGGCGGCGGUGGGCUCCUGGACACGGUGCAGAUGCUGGCGGCGCAACAACAGCAGCAGCGCCAGAUGCAACAACAACAGCAACAGCAGGGGAGUAUGUAUGGCCCUGCGGCCGGACAGGGGCUGCAGACUGGCUUCGACCAGUCGUGCGGCAAGCCCACGAACGCCUUCUCACAACACCAGCACCAGCAGUCCCACCCGUCAAUGCAGCUGUUGCAGCAGCAGCAGCAGCAACCGCAACUGCUCAUGGGCCAGGGACCCGUGCCAACAGAGGCCCAGUCGGCGCCGCUGUAUCGCAUCUCUCAGGUGGCGCCGCCGCCCGGCACACAGCAGUGGAACCCGCAGCAGGCGCAGCACCACAACCACCAGCACCCGCACCUGCGUCACGCGCACCACCAGUUAAGCAGCCACAGCGAAAGCUUGACACUAGAGCCGCAACACGGCAGCGCCACGGUGCGCGGGCAGGUGACGCAGAUGCAGCACCAGGCCUACCCGCAGCAACCGCGCCAGCAGCAAAUGCAGAUGCAGCAACCGCCCAACCUGCACAGCCCGCUAAUGCAAGCGCAGCACCAGCCGCACCAGCAGAUGCAGCCGCCACUGCAAAACAAUAUGCAGUUGCUGCCACAGUACCAGCAACACCAGCAGCAACAGCAACAGCAGCAACAGCAGGCCUCGGAGCACGCGCAGCGGCUGCACCUGCCGACACCCGGCGCCAGCAGCGUGCCCGUCGCGGCGGACGCCCUGGAUCCUGAUUUGGAUCUGGCCGACAACGAGCUUCUGUACGGCUUGUUGGACGAGCAGCUGGACGCGGCGGACGAGCUAAUGAGAGACCUCCUGGCUGACGCCCAUCAGGAGGACGACGGCCAUCACGGCCGGGGCCGGCCGCCAAACCUGGCGCCCCAGGCCAAGGCACAGCAGCAGCAGCAGCAGCAGCAGCAGCAGCAGGAGCAGCAGCAGCAACAAGGUCAGGUGUUGCACCAAGGGCAACAGCAGCAGCCGCUGCAGCAGCCGCUACAGCCCCUACAUCAACGCGAUGGAACGGCAGUGCCCAUGGCCAUGGCUGGCGGCCCGCGCCCGCCAUCCAACGCGGCAGCCGGCGGCGGCAUGGCUGGCCCUGCUCCCGUUGUCCUUCUUCCGAUGGCGCCGGGCCCGGCGCCGACACCUGUGUUUGCACCAGCUGCCGGCGCAGGCGCAGGCUUCAUUAGCAACAGCGCCACUGCCAGCGCCGCCAACAGCAGCGGCAUGCCGCCGCCGCGCUCGCCUGCGGACCCGCGCCGCCACGGCUCCACCUCAUCGCUUGCCAUGGGAGGCCCCUCGUCGGCGUCCAUGCUGCCACAGCUGCUGCCCGUGGGCGCGCUGCCGCCGCCGCAACUGCAUCUACAGCAGCAGUACGGAAACGGCGUCCACGGCGGUGGCAAUGGCGGCCGCGCUGUUGGCAGCGGGUCGCUUCCCAUCUACACGCUGGGCGUGGGCCCGAGCGGCGGUGGGUACGUGCACCCGCAGCUGCUGGGCGGCGGUGCCGGCGAUGGCAGCUGCACAGGCAGCGGCAACUACAGCGCAGCAGCCGGCGCCGGGACUGUGUUUGGUGCCAUACCGGCCGCCGGGGGGCCCAGCAGCAGCGGCUGGCUGGGCCCAGGCGUGGCGGCGCUAGGAGCGGCCCCCGGCGCAGCCGCCGCCAGCAGUCGCCCAGGCACUGGCACCAUCGCCGCAAAUGGCAGCCGCCCACCCACUGGCAGCAUUCCCAGCGCCACGCCCAGUCCGGGUCUGUCAUCCAUGGGCCCGCACGGCUCGGGCGCCGCGGAGGUGGGACCCAGCAGUGGUGGCGCAGGGUCGGUGUCGGCGGCGGGCUGGGGCCCGGAGUGGUCGACCGCCGCGUGCUCGCACGAGGCCGCGGGCGGCAUGGCGGGCGGCGGGGAUGAGGAUGGCGUCGACCAGGCGGCGGCGGGCGGCGGGCGCAACAGCAGCAGCGGGCCUGCACGCGCGCUUGCGGCGCUGGCUCUGGGACCGGGCGGCGGCGCUGGUGGCUCUACGGACGGUGCAGGCCGAGCGCUGGCCGGGCGGGCGGCCGAGGAUGCGGGCGCUGGGCUGUCACGGGGCGGCCUCAAGGCAUCGGCCUCCGCGGCGUCGCUGCGUGACAGCCCCAAAUCCGCCGGGCCCGCCCGCUCGGGUGGCGUGGUGGGCAAGGACGGCAAGCGCGUUUACAACCGCACCGUGCCCACCUUUGGCGAUAUCAUCUCGCACGGCCUGUUCCCGCCGGGGCCCUGCAGGUGGACGGUCGGCACGAUUAAGGAGGAGGUGUCGGUGGAGGUGCGGCCCUCAGGCGAAAUCCUGUACUGCGGCAACGCCUACCCCAGCAUCUCGGCGUUUGCGCUGGUGGUGCUGCGAAGCCGCAACAGCGAGCGCAUCGCCUGCGACGGCUGGCGCGAGGUGCGCCACAACGGCAUCAAGAUGGAAGUGCUGCGGAAGGAGUGCCUGCGUAUGAUGCUUGAGAACGGCGAGCUGUGAGCUUUUGUGAGCCACUGAGCUACAGGUUGAAUAAUAUUUCUGGGAUGCUUUGAAACUGGUGAGCCGCAAGCGGUGUGCUGCGAGAUGCUGUACGGGGUUAGCUGUAAAGCUUUGCAAGCCCGCGCACGGGAAGAUAUGAGCUUGUGGUCACGGGGCAUGAUUGCAACCUGUCGGACCGGAGGGGUGUUGCGCAACGGCACAGCGAAGGUCUGAUUUGUUGAGGCGAUGUGGGAUUGGAGCUGUGCUGUGCACAGAAAAGAGGCUGUCGAGUCAGUACCGGUACUCAGGGGAAUUGCGAGCCGCAGGGGACGCCAGCACACGGCAUUGGCGGCAGGCGCGGAUUACUGGUCAUAUGGCGGGGUGUGAGCUAAAGUACAAGCUCGAAUACGUCCAAAAUUUGCGGAGUACCAGCUGCGCGGGCCCCAUGCGCAUUUUCGGUGGCUGAGAGAGAGGACGGUGGGGGCAAUGUAUUCGGCAAGGCGUGGCUUACGGUUGGCUGGCUGUUCUAUUGUGGGCGUCCGAAGCCCUCCGAGGCCUAUGCUCGUGUGGGUGAGCUUGGCGUCACAAGGUAUGGUGAAUGCUGUUUAAAUAUUUAGCUUUAAACUUUCAAGAGAUGGGACCAGCUGUAUUGCGCUUUGUUGUGUGUGCUACCAAGCCAGGCGCUGAGGUUUGGAAUGGGAAUUGAAAUGGGCCGGGUGGGGGCUUUGAUGUGCCUAAGUAUCCAGGGUUGGGAGCGCGGAUAAAGUGUUGAGCAUAAUACGCUUGAGUGCUGUGCCGCAUUAGGGUGAAUGCUUGCCCGAUCAGGUGCAUUGUGAUGUCUUAAGCGAUUGUGGAGAGCAUGGCGGGAUGGGGGGCAGGCAGCCAGGGCCCCUCGGUGGCCGGUUUGCUGCAGAAGUUGCUGGGAGGUCAAGCUGCAAACAUGCACUCUUCUUGCACCUGCUUGUGUGCGCUUGAGCAUAGUAAUCUUGGACAUCAUCUUCCGUCACGUGUGUGUGCGCGCGGGGUUGUGUAAUCAUGUGUUCGUAUGUGGCGUUUAGUAAGUCCUUUCUACGGUGCGCUGCACCAAAUGCAUGACACUUGCAUAGCACAUGGCGGCAAGGAUGUCGUGCCGCAGUCUCUACAGCUGGUUGAAGAGCAAUUUAGCAACGGCGGGUGGCAGUUGGGACCUGUGAUACUGCCUGCGCCCUUCCAUGCAUGCGCAUUAACGAUUUAGAGGUUCCCAGAGCGGGGUGAAAGGGUUGUGUCAUCCCUUGAAUCUUGCGGUCGGACUUUUAUGCUACUGAGCUGUAGGUUCUUCAGGGUGACCGGGGAACAGGGUUGUGCUACCACGAGUUAAGGCCCUGAACAGUGCGUGCGCAGAUGUUAUGCCCUAGUAAGCAUGGGCAGGGCGUGUCUAGUGUCUGGUGAGUUGCCUGUGCCGCGCAUCACGGGUAGUAUGGGCAGAGGCAGGGUAGUAUGGGCUGGGUCAGGGGGGCGGGUGAUGAUGUGGGGCGCGGUGUAUGGAGGUGGCAUCCUGUAUGUUUAUCUGGGCGCUUCAUUGCGUCAAGCCGAUCGAGUUUUCAGGGGGCCCGAGGGCCCCGCUAAUCCGGAGACCAGGAGAACCUGAUAAGGCCGCGGAUGCUGUACAAACGCGUUGUAGGGAACGUCAGAAACCCAUGUGCUGCGCUUCCGGGGCCCCCGCUGUAUCAAUGCAUGCUGGCAUUAGCAGCAGUGGUGAUGCGUGUACUUUGCACGUGCGGCGUGCGGCGCGGCACCUUUCGCAACUACCAACACUUUAACUGACACACGGGGGUCACAAACGGGCUUUCGCGCAACUGUCAACGUACAGGGGCGGCACGUGGCGUGGUGGUUGGCGCGCAGCGCGACUGGGAGCUGGCAGUUGUGAGGGGCGCGUGUGGGAAGCUGCUGUGGAGUACGGCGGAGCUCGGCGGGGUGUGGUGGUUGGUGCGCAGCGCGAGUGGGAGUGCAGAGUUGGGCAGCGAGGCGUGUGUGUGAUGUUGUUACAGGUGGAUGUGUGGUCAUCUCAGGACCUGCAACGAGACUAACCGAGCCGCAAGGGCUCCUCGCCUCUUGAACAUCAAAACGUCAUAGCAGUCCACGGAAAAAAGUAGGGAAGCAACAAAGAUAUAAAACCGUGAUGCAAACUCGUGUGCGUUGUGUCCCGUUGUGUAAUCAGAAUACAGACCCAAUC